AUGGCGUGGGGGCAGGAUCAGAGAGGGCGCCUGCGGCUGCAGGACACACCUGGAAAUCAGCACACGGGGGAGAGACCUUUUGUUUGUGACUAUGAGGGGUGUGGCAAAGCCUUCGUCCGGGACUACCACCUGAGCCGCCACGCCCUGAUUCACACGGGAGAAAAGCCUUUCGUCUGUGCGGCUAGCGGCUGUGAUCAGAAGUUCAACACAAAAUCCAACUUGAAGAAACAUUUUGAACGCAAACAUGAAAAUCAACAAAAACAAUAUGCAUGCAGUUUCGAAGGUUGUACGAAGACCUUUAAGAAGCAUCAGCAGCUGAAAACACACCAGUGCCAGCACACCAACGAGCCGCUGUUCAGGUGCGCCCACGAAGGCUGUGGAAGACACUUCGCCUCGCCCAGCGGGCUCAAGCGGCACGGGAAGGUCCACGACGGCUACAUAUGUCAAAAGGGGUGCUCCUUCGUGGCCAAAACAUGGACAGAGCUGCUGAAGCACAUGAGAGACGACCAUAAAGAGGAAAUCAUAUGCGAAGUGUGCCAGAAAACAUUCAAACGCAAAGAUUAUCUGAAGCAACAUAUGAAAAUCCAUGCCCCGGAAAGGGACAUGUGUCGUUGUCCCCGAGAGGGCUGUGGAAGGACAUACACGACCGUGUUCAACCUGCAGCGCCACAUCCUCGCUUUUCACGAGGAGUGGCGCCCGUUCGUGUGCGAGCACACUGGCUGCGGCAAAACAUUUGCAACGAGACAAAGUCUCAUGAGGCACGCCGUCGUGCACGACCCUGACAGGAAGAAAAUGACAGUCAAAGUGAAAGGUCGUGAAAAACGGAGUUUGGCCUCUCAUCUCAGCGGCUACAUCCCUCCUAAGCGGGGGCAAGAAGCAGCCUUAUCUGUGCCUAAAACGGGUGAGCCGCCACCCUGCGCCGACGACGGGGUGCUGUCCACCGUGGCGGUGUUCACCCUCAGCUAGGGGCCCGCCUUCUCCAGGGCUGAGCCGGCCCGCUCGGUGACCGCAGACCUCAGAGGUACGGCCCGCGCCACACAGUGAAUACAGCGAGCCGGCACCUUUUUGCUGCUGGGGAUUUUGCCCUCGUUUGUAAAAAACCCUACAAAUCAGAAUGCGGUGAAACGAGGCGUGCCUGUAUGUAGUCUCAGAAACACAUUUUUUUAAUUAAAAUCAUUGGUGCAGGA